AUGGCUUCCCCAGACUCAUGUGAAUCAGCCGCAUUUACCAUCCAGCUACCGAAUGUCUCGGGCGAGACUAUCGCAGUCAAAGUCGGCCUCCAAAUCGUCGACGUACACAAGGAUCUCAUCAGCAGCAGCUCCGAAUACUUCAGAAAAGCCAUUAGUCACGAGUCGAUGUUAUCUCACAGGUUCAUCGAUCUGUCCGACGAAAAGCCUCAUGAUUUCGAAAUAUACUGUCAAUGGCUAUAUACUCGAGUCCUUGACGCGAAACUAGACCAUCACGAUGGAUUCAGUUACCUUGCUCGGAUGUACGUCUUGGGAGAAAAGUUGAUCGACCGCACAUUCCAGAACGAUGUCGUCGACGCCAUAAUCUACCGCCAUAUCACUGCGCGACUGAGUCAAAAGCCCCUGCGCUACAAAGUACCUGAUCUGCAAGCUAUCGGAAUCAUCUACAAGGGCGCUCCGAGGAAAGCCCCGGUGAUACGUCUCCUGGUGGAUCUGUGGGCUUUCAACAUGGACUCCUCUUGGGUAACGAAGACGAGACUUCGAGCGCCAGAGAACAAACCUUUUCUGGAUGACCUCUUACCGGUACUGCUAGACAGACGGGGACUACCGGAUGCUUCUCAAGCUAGGCCAUGGAUCUCGCAACGAAGUUCCUAUUACAACAAGGGUGUCGUGAUCAAGAGCGAGAUACCGGAAGACAGGGGCGACGAGGCGAUCUCUGAGCCUUCCAUCAAGGAUGAGCCUUCCUAUGAGGAGGAACCUUUCGUUAAGAACGAGCCUUACGUUGAGGAUGAAACUCACAUCAAGGAAGAGCCUUCUAUGAUAGAUGAGCCCUUCAUCAAGGACGAGCCUUCUAGCGAGAUGGAGCUCUCCAGCGAGGAAGAAUCUUCCAGCGAAGAUGAGUUCUCCAGCGAGGAUGGAUCACCCAGCGAGGAUGAGCUUUCCAAUAAGACUGACCCUUCAGUCCAGGAGGAGGUGGACGUGCUUGAUGCAUUCUGGGCCUACAUUGAUUUAGAAACCUACAAAGUAGGCGACCCAACGUCAACUCUGAUUGGAGACGUCGUAUCCAUUCAAGUCAGCGACAAGCUUUUCCAUAUCCACGUUGCUGUCCUCACCAGAAGCUCCAAGUUUUUCGAGAACGCCAUGAAGUCAGAGUGGCGCACUGAUUCCACCAAGCCCAUUGAUAUGAGCACUACAGAUCCGCAAACUUUCGAGUAUUAUUGCCAGUGGUUGUAUGCAAGGCAAAUCAGACGGCUGUACGAUGUCUCCCCAUCAGACCAAUUAGCGCACCUCUAUAUCCUUGGAGAACACAUCAUGGAUACAGUCUUCCAAGAUGUCAUCGCUGAGACGUUCAUCCGACGAUACAAAGAAUUUUCUGAAUUGCCAGACACGUCGGCCAUCAAGAUCCUCUAUGCUGGAACCGCUACCAACUCACCCGUUCGCCGUCUCAUGGUAGACAUUUGGGCCCUCGGUGCGUCUCUAGACCAGAAACCAGACGAUAUUACCGAGCAGACGUGCGUGGAGUUUGUCAACGAUCUAAUUCCUGCGUUACUUAAGAGGCGGCCGAUGGUCAAGAACAAGUUUGGAUCGAUCGUGCCGGGAAAAUACCGUUGCGGAAAUGACGCUGCAAAGAAGGCGAAAGAGUCAACGUCGGCGUCUCAGGGUGCAAAGCGGAAGCGAGGUGAUACAACGCUGGAGCAGAGCUCCGCGUCCAGUUCUGAUUCUUACUUUGAAUAA